AUGGAGUCCUCCGACUAUGAAAACAUAUCAAUGAGCAUUUACAGUCAAGUGGACGAAGGCGCUAAUCAGCCCAGCAAGACCCCACUCAAGGAUCUUGGAAAUUUGACAGACCAGUUGAGCUCCGAUAAAGUGAAACGAGCUCCGGUGACGAGCGCAGGCGAAUAUAGAAAGCUGGAACGUUUGUAUGGAGACUCAGUGAUACGUAUAAACGAGCUUGUUCGUCAUCUGGAACGAGCGGAAACUGAGGUGAUGACGAAAGAGCAGCAGCUUGAUAUACAUGCGCAACGAAUUCACGAGCUAGUGAUGGAAAACAAAACAAUAUCCAAUGAGUUAAAGCACGAGCGGGAGAUAAACGACAAGGAGUACCACAAUUGGAACCAAACUAGACAGACAAUGGAACAAAAAAUAGACAGUUUGAGUCAAAUGCUCCAUAAUCUUUUGCAAAAUAACAAGUCACUUGAACAGAUCCAAACUGACAGCAUAUCACUUCAUGAAAAUGACUUGUCACGUUAUAAAAAGGAAGUUGACCAACUCACCAAGAAAAUAACAAUCUUGGAAAAGGAAAACGAGCUUGAGGCCCAUUCCAAGAUCCUAAUCAUUGAGGAGUUGGAAACUUUUAGGUUGCGCUUCGACGAGUUAGAAGACAGAUACGAGAAACUGAAAGAAGAGUACGCCGAACUAAUGUCUGAGCUUAGCAUGAAUUCUACCUCCGAUAUCCGUUUGGAGGAUCAGGCCGAGUUCCCAGAGGACGAGGUGAAGUUUUCGUUGGCCGAUGAACUAAAAGACUUUGGAGAAGUGAAGGUGAGUGGAUCACGCAAGUCCAGCCAAAGACAUUCGAGCUUCAACAAUCUUCUCAACAAUAUAGAGCGAGAUAGCGUGGAGAGAAGACAUACACAGGAAAUUACAAAGAUGGGAUUCCAGGUGAAGUCUCUUGAGUUGCAAAACGAAAAGCUGCAUUCGUAUAUUGGGUUCCUUCUUCAGCAUAUACCACAGGAAGAGGCCAACGGGAUCGCAAUAUACAAAGACCAAUUGGACUACCAGUACUCUGACGAGAUAAAUAUUCUGAGUGCGAAAAAGACCCUGAAGAAAGUGAUCAGAAGCGCUUCUGCUUUACCUAUCAGGCCCCAAACAUACCGCCCAGCACACUAUGAUAUCGACGAAUCCGAGGACAAUUUCGGAAGACACAACUCGUUUUCAGAUAUAAAUGUCAACAAAAACAGACUCUCCUACAACACCAAUACUUCGCUGAGCGAUCAGGACAACAUUUUCGAUUCUGCGAACCAGGUCGAGGACAUUGAGUACGUCGAGCUUGGUGACUCGGAUUUCACCAUGUCGGACGAGGAGAUUGAGGAAGAGGAGGACAACAACGACGAGUCAUUGAAUGUCUCGUUCACCGUUGAUCUUACGCCGUCUUUGAACAUCAAGAAGAGAAAGAAGUCGAAACUGUUCAAGCGCACGCCCCGCAAACAAUUGGAGAAGCUCACGAUCUUCGGGUCUCCUUCAGCCAAAGAGCCUCCAUUGAUUGUGACCGGCAGAGCAUCGAUGAAGAGUCUGCGCAAGUACGCGUCUAGUUUGGAGUUGAUAGGCGAGGAGAGCGAAGCUGCUCCAAAAGAGGACUACAACGAACUACUUCACAACUGUCACCGGGGCAUUGACGAACUGGACGAGGGAGAUAUCGAGGUCACCAAAGAAGAGCUGGAUCUGUUCCGCAUAGACUUCAAGAAGCUCAAGUGUUUGAAACAUUUUACGUUCCAAUGCGGCUGUCAGGACGAACAUUCGAGUCUUCUGGUUCUACGAAGACUGUUUGAAAUAUUUGGGUGGCCAUCAGGCGAACAGGCGGUUCUUGAGACCGACGUUUUCGAGGUCGACUGA